AUGCUGACCGGACACACCCACAUUGUCGGCGUUAUUGGUGAUCCCGUUGAACACAGCCGUUCACCGCAAAUGCACAAUGCCGCUUUUGCCAAAGCAGGUCUCGAUUAUGUAUACGUCCCUUUUCAUGUCCGUCCCGACGAUUUGGCAGAUGCGAUUGCUGGGUUUAAAGCGAUUAAUGUCGUCGGCAUUAACGUAACGCUCCCACACAAACAGGCAGUCAUCCGGUCCGUUACAUCAAUCUCUCGGGAAGCCGAACUCAUUGGUGCUGUGAACACGCUGACGUUUGUUGAAGGGAACAUAUAUGGCGAUAAUACAGAUGCCCCUGGUGUCUUAAAAGCCUUAGAAGAGGACGGAAACAUGUCUGUGCCGGUAGGUGAGAAUGCCAUCGUUUUAGGAGCAGGUGGGGCUGCGAGAGCUGUCGUCGUUGCGUUAGCACUCAGAGGCGUAGCAUCGAUUACAAUCGCCAAUCGCACAGUGGAAAAAGCGGUCUCUUUAGCAGAAGAGAUGGAUCGAAAGACAGGUGUUUCCAUGCAAGGAAUGGGGCUCACGGAUGAACGAUUGCCUCUGGCGGUUCGCGAGAGCAAACUUCUUGUCAACACAGCGACGACGAGCAUGGACGUGACACAACCUUUGCUCAUUUCUGCAGACUGGCUUCAACCAAAUACUAUUGUUUACGACAUUGUGUAUACUCCCCCGGUAACACCUUUGAUGCAAGCCGCUACCGAGCGCGGAUGUCAAACCCUUGGCGGCAUCGGGAUGUUAGUCCAUCAGGGGGCUAUCGCUUUUGAGAAAUGGACAGGUGUUACACCGUGCACUCAGACAAUGCGUCAAGCCCUAUAG